UCAUAAUUUAAAAGAAAACGGGAGAGUUUUAUAAUUUUACCAAGCUCAAGUCUUCUAAAAUAAAAUUACAAUUAUGGACGACGCUCCUGUAAAUUAUAUAAGGGAAUCUACAAGAGAGAUCUUAAAAUUAAACCGACGAUCUCAUAGAAAUGAAGUGAGUGAUCUUCAACGUUCUAUAAAAGAUUUGAGAUUAUCACCAGAAAAUAUUUCGUCCAUUGUACAAAAUUUAAAAUCAAAGUCCCAUGUAACUGUAGAGAAUCUUCUAAUACUUAAAAAUGUAUUGAUAGAUGAUGAAAAGAAUAUUGAAGUUGUUUUAAAAUGUUAUGGAGCUCUGCGUGGGUUAGUAAGGGAAUUAACAGGUAAUAAUGUAUCAAAGCAAUGUGCUGCGGCAGGGUGCUGCUGUAACCUGGCACUCGGUGAUUCCAGAGCCUGUACAGCUAUAGCUAAAGCAGCAGGGCCGUACCUUACUGUACUGCUUGAUAAUCCAAUAACUGAGUUAGCGAUGACCUGUGCAUGGACUUUAGGCAACUUGGCUGGGUCAGGGCCUAAAGUCUGUGAUAUACUUGUUGCACAAGGCGCAGUUUCCAAACUCUGCAAUAUGCUGCAGAUACACAAUGAAAAUAUACAAGAUGCAGCAGUUUAUGCCUUGUUACACUUUGCUUAUCAAAUGGAGGAUGAUUUCAAGCCAGAAUACCUACAAAAAGUAUUAAUAGCUCUGUCAAAGUUGGAAGUCAAUGCAACCACAAGUCGACUGUCAUUUACACUCUCCUGUCAUGUGGAUUUCAAAGACAAUAUGCCAGAGGAAUUAAUAGACAAAAUGUUGGCGACACUGAAACGAACUGUCAAAAUUCAUUCGGAAAAUUGUGUACGAAGUCAAUGUGAUUGUGAAUUAUUAUAUGCUGUAAGAACAUUAGCAAAUAUGAACAUUGAAGUGUAUGAUAUUAUAUUGAAUUAUUUCUUAGAAAAUAAUCUAGGAGAAGUUCUUUUGGAAGUUUUGAACAAAGACAGUGGUUCAGUUAAUGAGUCAUUAUUAUGGUUGUUAGGAAAUUUGUACAACUGUAGCCCUAGUAAUGACUUUUUCAAACAUUUAUCUAGUCUAUAAAGUA